CCUGCCCAGAGCCAGUUCAGCGCCUCCAUGGGCCACAUCAACCACAUUGGGGGCUCCUUGGACAGGGUUUCCCGGAGCCCCAGGGACCCCCUGGCUCCCGAGAAAGUGCCCCUGUCCUGCAAGAGCAUGGCCACACUGAGCAGGCUGCAGAGCCCUGGGGAGCCUCCACCGCCCUACGAGUUCUCCUACUCACUGGAGGAUGCAGUGAAGCAGCUGGAGGACAGGCUACAGGAGACAGGAGGGGAGCUGCGGCAGCUCAAGAGGAGCCUCAGUGAGACUGAAGAUCCCUUCACACAGGCGUUUGAGGACAAGCAGCGGCUGUGGCUGGAUGAGCUGGAGGACCUGAAGCAGAUGUACAUGGCGCGGCUGCAGCAGGUGAUGCAGCAGGCGCAGCGCGGGCAGCGAGCGCUGCAGCUGCAGCUCUACAAGGCACAGCAGGAGAAGAAGCGGCUGCAGGAGGAGCUGAGCCUGCAGCAGUGCCAGUGUGAGGAGUCCAAGCUCCGGCAGAACCAGGGCGAGCGUGGCAGCCCCAAGGCGGAGGAGACCAAGUGGGAGGUGUGCCAGAAGGCAGCAGAGAUCUCCCUGCUGAAGCAGCAGCUCCGCGACACCCAGGAUGAGAUGGCCCAGAAGCUGGGGGAGAUCUUCAGCCUGAAGACACAGCUGCGGGAGGCCAAGGCGGAGGUCCAGGCGAGGGACUCGCAGCUGGCACAGCUGGCAGACUCCUUGCAGAGCCCCCAGGAGCCCAGCACCUUGCUGCCACUGGGAGAUGACCCCAUGCCGUCCUGCCAGGACUUCCCUGGCUGCGAAACUGAUGACUCCAAGUGCCGUGGUCUCCACAGCGACACGGCAGAGCCCCUGGAGCGGCAGGUGGAGUGGCUGUGGGCAGAGCUGCUGCGGGAGCGGCGUCAGGGCCAGCUGCAGGCUGUGAACUUUGAGCUGGAGAGGAAAACCUGGCAGGAGGAGAAGGAGAAGGUGCUGAGGUACCAGCGGGAGCUCCAGGCUAGCUACAUGGAGAUGUACCACCGGAGCCAGGCGCUGGAGCGGGAGCUGCGGCAGCUGCGCUCGGAGCCCAGGGAUGUCGGGAAUGACUCGCCCUGGAUCGAGCGGGUGGAGUCCUCCAAGAUCUGA